AUGCACCGUACAUCAAAUCCAUCCUCUACUGAGGCUGGAACCAAUCAAGAAGCAGAACGGACUGGAUCUAGCUCAACUACCAAUACCAUGACAUCCACUAGUAUCACAACAACCUCCAACAUACCGGAUAAGGCCUCGGGUAGUCGGGGCCCUAUCAGUGCGGACGCUAUGGACCAACCGGAACUGGUAGACACCCCCCGACGCUUGUUGGCAAACUCCGAAGAACACCGAAACUUCAUCAUCCCGGUUAAGCCACGGAGCAGUCGAGGCCCCGUAGGUGCGGAAGUCAUUCCUCCACCGGAACCAACGGACAACCCCCGUCACUCUAUGGCUGCCGGAAGAGGGACGGAAAAGGGAGUACACUCCUAUCCCCCUGUGGACAACGAGGGAUCGAAACCAACUACAAUGAAUCAGGACGACGAGGAAUUCAAGAAGGAUAAGCCGUAUAAGGACGACAAAGAAUGUGGAAAUAAUGGGUCGAGUGAUGACAUCACAUUCCCCCAACGAUCUAGGAACGAAUAUCUUAACGAGAACGAUAAGGAAGAGGAAAGAGUCGGUGGGUCGCGUGAUAACUUCACUCUCCCCCACGCGGAAGCCGUGAAACCUCGCUUCGUCAGGUCGAGUGACAACGUCACGUCCCGGACACCUCAAACACCAUUGCGUAAAUUGUGUGACAGGAGAGCUGUUCCUGUUCACGCACUAUCAAAUGCUCGCGAGUACGAUCGAUGGCAGGCCAAGAUCGGAGGGGUUCCCAACCCAUUCGUUGGAUCCUCGUCGAGUCCGGCCUUUGGAUCGGUGGCCCAGACAACUUUGCCGGUUGCGGGGCCAGUUUUGACACCUUCUGCCGGUGGAGCUCUGCUGGGGUCCACUCCCUUCUGCUCAUCACUAACAAACACCAAAACGCCCGGCCUCAAACGAUGCCAUAUCAAGUCAGUUACUGGACAGUCGUCCCGGGACAUUACUGGAGAAUACCUUUCUCCAACCAUCGGUCUGUCGCCUAGACCUGCAUCUGCUUCGGUGGCUCAUACAACUCUGCAGGCAGUGGGUUCAAUCCUGACACCUUCGGCCGGUGGAGCCUUGCUGGGAUCUACCCCCAGCUCUCCAACCUCGACUUGCUCCAACUCCACCACCAGAUAUACCCAAAUGCCCUCUCCAACCAAAAGUCCUAGCGUUCCUGGAAGACCUCGCAGCACCACUUUAGCGAUCCAAUGGAACAUGAACGGAUUUUUUAACAAUCUCGGGGACUUGGAAAUUCUAGUUCAGAACAACUCACCCAUGUUCCUGGCCCUCCAGGAGACCCACAGAGCCAACAUAGGACAGAUGAAUCGCACACUUGCGAGCAAAUUCCAUUGGAUCAACAAUUGCAGCCAAAGCAACAUUUACCACUCGGUCGCCGUCGGGAUCGCUGAUGGCAUCCCAUUCACUCCCAUCAACCUUAACACCGAUCUCCCAAUCGUGGGAGCUAAAGUCGAAUCCCCUUUUCCAUUAUCAGUCAUUAACAUCUACCUGCCUCACGGGAAAAUCCCAGACCUACUGAACAAGCUCCAACGAGCUUUAGCCUUAAUCGACGGCCCUCUUCUACUCCUCGGUGACGUCAACGGGCACCACCCCUCCUGGGGGAGCCCCAAAGCAAACCCCCGUGGCUCUACUAUAGCGGAACUCAUAGAGUCCCUCGACCUAGUGACCCUCAACGAUGGCUCGAGCACCUUCGUUCGCGGCCAGUACGAAACAACGAUCGACAUCUCCGCGGCUAGUCCAGCGAUUACUGGGCGGCUCCUAUGGAAAACUCUCGAGGAUCCAGCAGGGAGCGACCACUACCCCAUCAUCAUCUCGCUAGGGGAUGAUCCUCCAGAGACCUCAAGGCGACCCAGGUGGCUUUACGAUCAAGCUGACUGGAAACUCUUCAACGAUAAUGUGACGCAGGCAUACAUUGACCACCCAGCGACGAGCAUGGAAGAAUUCAUGGGGAUCAUCACUGAGGCCGCCAAUAUCGCCAUCCCGAAGACCAGCCCCAACCCCGGCCGAAAACCCCUGCACUGGUGGUGUCCCGAAGCGAAAUCUGCAAUCAAAGCCAGAAGGAAAGCUCUUCGUGCUGCGAAGCGCCUCCCUAAAGACCACCCAGACAAGGAACGAGCCACCGAGCUUUACCGCUCCAAGCGAAACGAGUGCCGGCAAAUCAUCAGGGAUGCCAAGAAAAGUAGCUGGGAGGAAUUUUUGGAGGGGAUCAACUCCAACCAAACGGCGUCCGAGUUGUGGAGCCGGGUCAACGCCCUCAACGGAAAAAGAAAGGCCAGGGGGAUGGCCCUCCGCCUCCAAAGCGGCCUCACACGAGACCCGCUCACCAUCGCCAACGAAUUGGCUGACUAUUUCGCCUCACUCUCUGCCAUUGACCGCUAUGACAGGAAAUUCAUACAAAAAAACCACGCAUCCACACAGAGCCUUGGCAACAUUGUCAUUCCGGAGGACUCUGUACCUACGCCCAUCAACGCGCCCUUUCGGUUCGAUGAACUAACCCUUGCACUAUCCCGCAGCAAAGGGAAAUCCGCCGGUCCGGAUGAUAUAGGAUACCCCAUGCUGCAACAUCUCCCGUCCAGCACCAAAGUCGAACUGCUAGACCUAAUAAAUAAAAUCUGGAUAGAGAACACCCUGCCAAACGAAUGGUCCCACAGUCUGGUAGUCCCCAUCCCAAAGCAGGGGCAAGUGGCCUCUACUCCAGAAAACUUCCGUCCGAUCUCUCUGACUUGCUGCAUUAGUAAAGUCAUGGAACGGAUGGUCAAUCGCCGUCUAAUUCGCUUUCUCGAGGACAACGACCAUCUCGAUCACCGACAGCAUGCGUUCAGAUCCGGUCACGGCACCGGAACGUACUUUACUGGCCUGGGCGAUGUACUCCAAGAGGCGAUGGAUGAAGAACUCCAUGUCGACAUAGCGGCCCUGGAUUUAGCUAAGGCGUAUAACCGCGCCUGGACCCCCCAAGUCAUCAAACAGUUGGCUGACUGGGGUCUGGGUGGCCACAUUCUACACUUUUUAAAAAAUUUCCUUUGCGGUAGAAGCUUUCAGGUGAUGAUCGGGAACCACCGCUCCUCAACUCGGGCGGAAGAAACUGGAGUCCCACAGGGAUCCGUCCUAGCGGUCACCAUCUUCUUGGUCGCCAUGAAUGGAGUCUUUGGGAUCCUACCAAAAGGAAUAUACAUAUUUGUAUAUGCAGACGACAUCGUCCUGCUGGCUUUAGGACGCACCCUCAAGGCUCUGCGAAGGAAAUUACAAGCUGCUGUAUCAGCCACCACAAGAUGGGCCAGUAGGGUCGGCUUUGAAUUAUCCGCAGAAAAGAGCGUGGUUUCCCACCUAUGCCACUUCCGUCAUCGCCCGCUACCAACAGCCAUCGUUGCGAACAAUAUUCCAAUACCCAACAAGAAGACCAUCCAGGUUCUCGGUGUACGCUUGGACCGGGAGCUGAGGUUCGACGCACAUUUCAACGAAAUCAAAGCCAACUGCCGCACGCGGCUAAACCUCCUCCGGACACUUUCCAAACCACACCGGAGCAGUAACAGAGAGAUUCUACUAAAAGUGGCCAAAGCCACUGUAAACAGUCGAUUAUUCUACGGGAUCGAACUGUUCUGCCUUUCCAACGACUCUCUUACCACACGACUAGCCCCAACGUAUAACCAGGCAAUCAGAAUCGUCGCAGGACUUCUGCCUUCAACACCGGCUGAAUCGGCAUGCGUCGAACUCGGUGUACUACCGUUUCAAUACCAAGUCGCCGAAACGCUGAGCUGCAGAACGACCAGCUACCUGGAAAAGACCACCGGGAAUCACGAGGUCUUUCUCCUCAGGGAGGGGAACAGAGUUCUCGGAAACUUGGUCCAUCAGGAGCUCCCACCCGUGUCCAGGGUACACUGGAACGGAGCCAGAGGAUGGACAGAACCAACCAUACGCGUUGACCUUUCAAUUGCCAAGCGCUUCAAGGCAGGUAACAACUCCCGUGCCAUGCAGGCCCACGUAGCGGAGCUGCUGAGAACUAAAUAUCCAAAUUUUCAACACCGUUACACGGACGGCUCUAAGGCCGUGGGGAAGGUUGGAUUCGGAGUAGCGGAUGUAUCCAAUAGCUACUUCUUUCGACUACCCGAUCAGUGCUCCGUCUUCUCGGCGGAGGCUGCGGCCAUCCACUUCGCCACCACGACACCCGCCAAUAAACCCAUAUGUGUCCUAACAGACUCCGCCAGCGUUUUAUACGCCUUGAAUUCAGCAACAUCCAGACACCCCUGGAUACAAGGGAUCCAAAAGGCCGCGCCGCCAAACACCUCAUUUGUUUGGGUACCCGGCCAUUGCGGUAUCCGGGGCAACUGUGAAGCAGAUCAUCUCGCUGCCACAGGUCGCUCCGGCCGGAUGGCCACCACAGUUGUACCCAGUCAGGACGUAAAAAAAUGGGUGAAAGCAUCCCUCCGAGACGCCUGGGCCCGGGAGUGGUUCGCAAAAAGGGGACCGUUCCUGAGAAAAAUAAAGGACGACACCUCCAAAUGGAAUGACAUUACGAGCCGAUGGGAACAACAGGUCUUAUCCCGGCUUCGAUCCGGACACACCCGAGUGACCCACAACAUGGGUAGUGCUGCCUCUUUUCGGAAGUUUUGCGACUCCUGCAACACGAUUAUGACAGUCGAACACCUGAUUGUUAACUGUCCCUGCUUUCAUAACAUCCGGCUCCUCUAUGGAAUACCGAACAGCAUACGUAACGCCCUCUCUAACGACCCGUCCACGGAAGCAGCCCUAAUAGUUUUCCUAAAAGAUGCUGGACUGUUCGAUAAAAUAUAA